UCAGCGAAUCUUUCCAGGUGACCAUGCCUCCAUGCGCCAGGCAAUCUCCAGUAUGGAGCAAUGGCAAGGUGCUGGACCUCAUCAGUGUUUGAUGGGAGGAAGCUGUCCAGUCCCAGUUGUGCUCCAGCGAUAGGAAUUACAGUGCCUUCGGGCAGAUAUCAAGGGACAUGAUGGAAAGGGGCCAUGACAGGGAUGCACUGCAGUCAAGGGUUAAAGUGAAGGAGCUGCAGAAUGCCUACCACAAAGCCCACGAGGCAAAAAGACGCUUCAGUGCUGCCCCCAUAACCUGCCGUUUCUACAAAGAGCUGGACGCGAUACUUGGGGGCGACCCCACCUUGACUCUGAGGACCACCAUGGACACUUCAGAGCCCAGUUCAACAAGGCAGGAGGAGGAGGAGGAAAGCUGGAGCAAGGGCGCUGAGGUGGAAGACACCCCAGAAUCCCUAGAUGCAUGCAGCCAGGAGCUGUACUCAAGCCAGGGGGAAGGUAGCCAGUUGCGGAAGCCGAUGCUUGGUGAAGGACAAACACCAGUGGAGGUUCCCACUGCAACCUUGAGAUCUCAGCCGUCCGUGUUAUCACAGGCCGAAAGACUGCAAAGAAUUAGAAAGAGACCACGUAGAAGCAAAGACAUGCUGCCUGAAGUAAUGCAGCAGUCCCUUAACGAGAAUCUAAAAGCGCAAGAGUGGAGGGAGAGUGAAAGGAGGAUCCGCCAGCAGAAUGUGGAUUGCCGGCACAAAAACGCAGAGCUCCGGCAGCAAAGCAUGGAUUGGCUGAUAAGCAUCAUGGAGCGCCAAGCGGACUCGAUCCAGGUGCUCGUAGCCAUGCAGGCGGAGCACUACUUUGCCCGCCCCCACCUGCAGCUCAUCCCAAAACUCUUUCCUUUGUGUCCCCAUGUCACCUCCAACCCACUUUCCCCAACAUCCGGGUUCUUAUCGCCACCAGCUGCCUCCAAUACUUAUAGCUUCACCACUCAGCCCUGA